ACGGAAUCGCAAGCUCCGACGCAACCCCGUUGAAACGGAAUCCCCCUCGCGAAAACGGCGUCGCGUCGCGCCGAGGCCGUUGAACCCGGAGAGAAAGCCUCUCCUCCUCGCGCUCUCAAGAACAGCAACACCGCCACUCUCUCUCUCUCUCUCUCUCUCUCUGCGCCGUCGUCCUAGGGUUUCGGUUCCGGAAAAUCUCUCCCUCGCUGCGCGCGGAUCGCAGUGAAGGGGGGUAGAGAGAGAGAGAGAGAGAGAGAGAGAGAGAGGAUGGACAGGUACCAGAAGGUGGAGAGGCCGAGGCGGGCGGCGGAGCCGGUGCGCGAGAACGAGAUCCGGAUCACCGCCCAGGGCCUCAUCCGCAACUACAUCGGCUACGCCUCCACUCUCCUUCAGGAAAGACACAUGCGAGAAAUUGUUUUGAAGGCAAUGGGACAAGCAAUCAGCAAAACAGUAGCCAUCACAGAGAUUAUUAAGAAAAGAAUACCUCAGUUGCAUCAAGAUACUGCUAUCAGCUCAGUCAGCAUAACUGAUGUGUGGGAGCCUAUCGAAGAGGGACUUGUACCUGUGGAGAUGACUCGGUAUGUCUCAAUGAUCUCAAUCACCUUGUCCACUAGGGAGCUUAAUGAGAAUUCACCUGGCUACCAAGCACCCCUUCACAUGGAGCAAGCAAAGCCACAGACCCGCUAUCGGCAGCUUCAACCUGGACAAAGACGUGUAACCUACAAUGCUUACAAUGAAGGCUCAUAUGGCUGGGGAAGGGGUCGCGGCAGAGGGAGAGGGCGGAGCUGGAACAGAGGAGGAUAUGGAAACUACCAAGGUGGAUACUAUGAAGAUAAUGGUGGCUAUGCAAACUGGGGCCGAGGGGGUGGCAGAGGCAGAAGCUGGGGCUACCGUGGCACUGGGUAUGAAAGGGGCAGGGGUGGAGGGGGCAGAGGCUAUGGACGUAGUAGGGGAAGGAUGGGUGGUCGAUCUAGAGGUGGUGGCUACCAGGCAUAGUUGGAGACCAGUCUCCUCAUCUAUCUGAAUACUUACAGUGACCAGUGAGUUGAACUUCUGUCAAAGUAUGGUGUUUAUAAAAGGCAAGUACCGGCUAACAGUGUUCUUUGGUGGGUUUUUUCCUUGCAAAAUGGAUGAGGAAGGUCUUUGGUCAAGUUUUGGCUUCAAGUCUAGAGUUUUAAGUCCUUCUGGUGGAAUUCUUUUCCCACCCGUCGGUUCUUUUGGCCAACCAUUUUUCUCUGGUGUUUGCAAACCCCCAUCUCCUUCCGAUCUCUCCCACUCUCUAACCUCCCAUGUACAAAGUUAUGAUGGAAGAUGCUAUUUAGUUUUGGACUUGACAAAAUGAUACCAUUAAAUUCCACGGAUUUAUGUGAAUAUAUGCCGCCUUUACAGUUAAAUAUUCAUAA